AUGCUUAUGAUGGGUGAUUACUAUCGGAUGAAUAAUAAUACUACUACUACACCAGACAUGAUGUUUUCUGGGAAUUCUGAUACUGCAAUCCCAGGGUUGAAGCAUGAUGCAGGUUUGGCUGUGGAGUGGUCUGUUGAAGAACAGUAUAAGUUGGAGGAAGGAAUUUCCAAAUAUGGUGAUGAACCGAGCAUCAUGAGGUAUAUAAAGAUUGCUGCUACAUUGCGUGAUAAAACUGUUCGUGAUGUUGCCCUGAGGUGUAGGUGGAUGACGAGAAAACGAAGGAAACUUGAUGAACUUAAGAUGGGAAAGAAGUUAAAAGAUAAGAAGGAUAAUUUGAUGGAAUCAUCAUCAAAACCAAGUGUAUCAUCAAUUACAACUUUGAAUGUGGCUCCAUUUUCAGUUACCAUGAAUAACCGAUUCCAGAGUGGUGGCAUUCCUUUUGAAGCGAUGAGCUUGUCGACAAGGCAUCUUUUGGAACAAAACAAACAAGUUUUUGGUCAGAUUUCAGCUAAUAUUUCUGCACUCAAGCUACAGGACAAUGUCGACCUCUUUAGCCAUGCCAAGAACAACAUAACUACUAUCUUAAACGACAUGAGAUACAUGCCAGGGCCACCACUGCCUGUAUCACUAAAUGAAGAUCUUGCUAAUACUAUUCUGCCUACUACAAGCCAGACAAUGACGUUUGGGUCAUCAAGCAGAAUGCAUAUGAAGCAAGAACCAGAUUAUUGAGCUGAAGAAGCAUUUGGUUGCAAGUAUAGAUUUAAACCUGUUGUAAAUUAUAUACAGAUUGACCGUUCUGGGUGU